AAUCGCAGACAGUACCGUAUUUGCACUCUUGUGAAAUCAUAUUUUAGAGCGCCCCCAUAGUGGCAGAAUUUAAUGCUCAAUGAGCCAGUGACGGAGCGACUUCGAGCACUUCGGCCUUUCCCGUUUAUCACGUGACGCUCCGUCGUGUUUUCCCGGGGUCCUCGCUCCUUUCGCUCCACACGCUCACAUUUAGCACUUAGCAUCCGCCUCUGCGCUAUGUUGCACACCGUGUUCCGGCUCUCGGCCACAGGCGCCCGGACCUUGGCAACCCGGUUCCGACCCGGCCCCACAGCUUCCAGAUGUUAUUCCCAUGCCAAAGUGGAGUCGGAUGAGGAGUUUGAUGCCCGCUGGGUGACCUACUUCAACAAGCCUGACAUCGAUGCCUGGGAGCUGAAGAAAGGAAUGAACACCUUGAUUGGUUACGACCUGGUACCCGAGGCCAAGAUCCUGGAUUCGGCUCUUAGGGCGUGCCGGAGACUCAACGACUUGGCGAGCGCCAUCCGUAUCCUGGAGGCCGUCAAAGACAAAGCAGGCCCUCACAGAGAAAUCUAUCCAUACUUGAUCCAGGAACUGAAGCCUACACUAGAGGAACUUGGUAUCUCCACGCCGGAGGAGCUCGGCAUUGACAAGCUAUAACAGGAAUAGGUAUGUGGAAAGAUAAACUCCCAUCAUUUUUCUUCUGUCAAAAAUGUUGAUUGAUCUCAUACUGUCCUAUUAUGUACAAAUUGGUGGAGCGAAUAAACAAAUGCUGUCAGAA